GCGAUCGGCAGUGCUGUUGAGGUUGUUCCGCGGGUGUUCCGUGCACGCUAUGGAUUAAUCUCUGUUGUUCCCCGAACGUUUUCACUAUGGACAGGAUCUUGUGCCCCGAAGAGCAACGGAGCCGCUCCGGCCCGGACCAGGCGGCAGGACUUUCCCGGAUAGCCGCUGCCGGAUGCCGGACACAACAAUCACAGAGUCGUGCGGUGGCUUGGAGGCCGCUUAGGUUCAUACAGCAAUUCGGACCUGGCCGGCCUUGGAACGGCAUUAACUCCUCUACAAUGGUUCCUCAGUUAUUAUUCAUCCUCCUGUACAUUUCAACAGUUUUUAGGAUAGCAGAGUCAUGCUCAUCGAGGUCUACACCAAAGCCUCGCCCUACUUCGGCCACCAUGCGGCCCAACAUUACCUUCCAAACAUACGCGUGCCCAGAAGCGUACGCCAAGUGGUACUGCCUCAAUGGAGCCACCUGCUUCGCGGUAAAAAUCAGGGACUCAAUACUAUAUAACUGCGAAUGUGCAGAUGGCUACAUGGGCCAGAGGUGUGAGUUCAAAGAUUUGGACGGUUCCUAUCUCCGUAACCAGCAGAGAGAGAGUCAUGAUCGAAAGGGCGAGCAUCGCUGGUGGAGUCACAAUAGCAGUCUUACUCGUAGUACUUAUCUCGCUCAUCUCUUACAUUCACAUGAGGCGGCGUUGGCGGCGGAAGUACAUCGCCUACUAUCAGGAGGAGGAGGAGGAGGAGGGGACGGAGAAGAGUCCGCACCCCCAUCUAGUACAACAACAAUAUCACCUCACGUUCCCGAUUCCUGAGGCAAGGACGAAGAGGAACCAUCAUCUUCAAUUCCAAAGUUCGACGCCCCAACAAAGAACUGAAGUGGCCACCAUCAGCCAAUCACGUUUUCUCGAACAUUGCCAUCCUCAACAACAGUGAUUCUAUCAUGGAAUCUUCUGCUCAUCGAAUAUCGAUUCCUCGACUUCACCUUCCGCUCCUAAAACAGUUGCUUCGUUAACUAUUCGAUUUCUAACUUGUGAUAUUUCGGGUACUUCUCUUCUGCCUAGAUAUUCUUCGGGUUUUCGGGUAUUGUUACUAAUCGAGCUUAUCGCUGGAAUUUGCUGGUUCUUUACUUUCUAGAUAGCCAAUGAUGUAAAUUUUGGGAAGGAUUUCUGACGAGUUUAAAGUUUAGUUUUAAGUCUGUUCUAAAGCAAAUAAGGUUGACUUCGAACAAUUCAGCUUUUUCAAAAAAAAAAAAAGUUUAACGACCGGCUAAAGGUAUAAGAUAAUUAUACAUUACCUAAAGUUAUACAUACCACAGUUUAUACUUAACAUUCGUUAAACUAUUGCAUUUAGUAAAAUAAAGUAUACAACCUGCUUAUGUUUAUUACUUACUUUAUUUUUAUGUACAGUAGUUUAUUAUGUUAUUACUCCUGUUGCUUAUAAAUGAUCAUAUCAAGCCCCCUGAUAAUAGUAAUUGAGUAAAACCUUACAUUUUAUCUUUUGUCAGUGAAAGUAUAUAAGCAAUAAAAUUUGUAUUUGAACAAAAUUACACUUGUAAAUGUAUUCAAGUGCAAUGUUAUAAUUUUCAAAGUUAAUUAAUCGUCCCCCAGUUUUAAAUGUCGCAUUUCAAAAAAUCACUUUUUAAAUAAAUAAACUAACGUAAUAAAAUAAACUUUUUUCCCCUCGCCUCAAAACAAAAAGAAAAAAAAAAGUAUAAAAAAUCAAAGGAAGUCUUUUUGAGCUGAGAAACUGAAAAAUACUAGUUUAUGUCAUAAAAGAAAUAUUUCUAAAAAAAAAAAAAAAAAAAGAAAGAAAGAAAGAAAAAAAAAAAAACGUUGUUAUAUUAUUUUGUUGGAGUCUUGAAAUUUUCAACUGCAACCUAAGCUGAAAGUGUUUUGAUCAACCUCAUAGUAACCUUAAUACGUGUCAUAAAUGUGCAAUACUGUUAGUAAAGGGUAGAAGGGAUCAGUUAAAAUUUCAUAUAAAGAGCUUAAAUAAUUAGACUGAGAACAUCUUUCUUCUUAAAAAGAAGUGUUUGUAAAUGAGACUAAAUUUUUUUACGAAUAAUCUUUAGCUACUUAAAAACUGCCAAGAUAUAAGAUAUAGUUUUUAUGCUACGGAAUACCUCGUACCAUACCUGUUUGGAAGUAACAAACAGACCUCAGUGAUGAAACUUAAUAAUGAUUUAAAUGAUUUAUCUUCUAACUUCUUCAAAUUCUAUCGAAAAGCUAUCGCGUUUCUUUACAAAUGUAAGAAAAGUAAACUGAAGCAGCUGUUUUACUGCGGUUGGUGAAAAUUUAAUUUUGAUGUGAUUAGUGUCUAAGUCAAUCGAAAAUCUACAAGGAUAAAAAAGAAAAAAAAAACUGUACAAAAAAAUAUUUAAAAAAACUGCAGAAAAAACUGUGUUCUGGUGGCUAGUCCUCGCUGCGGGCAGCACGGCCCCUGAAAGUUGUUCCUUGACAUCCUAUAAACUGCUUUUUUGGAUGUUCCCCUCUUCGUGCGUCAACAUAAAGACUGAUUUCCGUCCAAUUUUCAAAGACUGAAUAAACUGUGCAAGAAAUACAAAGAAACUUUGUUUACCUUCGUUCUUUUUUGCAAGCCAUUUGCCGUUCCAAGUGGUCCAUUCAAGUUGUUGUUGCCAUAGUUUACAGAUUGAUGUGUUUGACCUCACUUGCAUUAGAGCAAGUUAUUAAUAUGCAAGCUCAUUUUAGAUUAAAAAGAAAACGUGUUUGUUGUUACGGAUGGAAAUAUUGCUUUAGUAUUGCUUGAAUAUGUUACAUAAAUUCUGAAGAGAUGUUUCAACUAGCUAUUAUAUCCUUUCGAAUUGGUGUGUUAAUGUCUAACAGGAAAUGUUUCUUCAGUAUUGCUUGCAUAUGUUACAUUAAUACUGAAGAGAUAUUUCAACUGUUAUUCCUUCGAAUUGAUACUAAUAUCAAACAGCUGCGAAGGGUAACUUAUUUUAUUUAAGAAACAACCGAACCCUAUUGAUAAAUCAGGUGUUGUGGCAUUUCUACGUAAUGCGAAGUUUCAACAAAAGCUUGUGUUUUGCUCUAAAAUUGCUAAGUUUCGACUGAAAUUAAAGAAAAGUUGUCAACUGAUUUAUUUGUACAGAUAUAACAUAGACUUUUUUUUUAAACGAAUGCGCCACGAGGCGCCAAAUAGUUACCAAUUCUUCACAAUUGUUAUUAGCAAGAUGCAAAUUAUGAUGGAAAGGCUCUUUAUCCAGAAUUUAUAAAUUAUGGUUGUGGAACAAGACAUCAAUAUUUCUGCACUUCUUGUUUUUAAAUUUAAAGUCACAACUUAUCGUCUGCAUUAUAAAUGCUCAGUGUUAAGCAAGUGUUUUGUUAUGAAUGUGGAACAAUCUUACAUUAACGCAGUAAACAGCAAAAAAUCACGUUUUUCUUAAGAAUUAUGUCUGUUCAGAUUAUAUGUUCAGUUGCAAUUCUAAAACCUUUACACUAUGUGAUAUUUCUAUUAAGAUUUUCCGCAAAUACUAUGAAGGUAAAGUUGUUUUUCACUAACACGUUGUUUGCAUUGUUGAGCCAAAAAUUGUUUGAUAUUAUGUGCAAAUAAAGCAUUUUUAAGAAAGGAUCACGGGACGAGCAUUAGACUUUAGCGCCAUCUAUUGAACGAAGUCAAUAUGACAGGGUAUAGCCAAAGGUCGCUACUGCAUUUGGACAGUGAGUUUAUAGUAAUUGUUGACGAUAUUUUUUUACUCGCUUUUUUAUUUCAUAUGGAGCGCAAAAGACUAACGUGGUGUUCUGUUUUUACUUUCUGCGCUUUCUACGUUAUCAAUUAAGAGAUGAAAAAAAAAUCUGCUGCUGUAUACAUUCCAUUCUAUGUGUAUGAUAGUUUGAAGAUUUUAAUAUAAUUUAUCUGUUACCCGCGAAAUAAUUUCCAUAAUUUCUGCAAUGGAUUAUAUUAAAGCACUUAAUUGA